AUGGCUGAUAACGUACCCGCCCAAACUCCUUCGACUCUCCCUCCGCCUCCGCAAGCCUCUGCUCCUCCAGGUCAGCAGUACGAUGGGGCUCAGGGCAAUGGCCAGGCCAAUCCUUCCCAUAUGCCGCCGCCGCCUCGUCCUCCAGUCGUGAUCCCUCAGAAUACCAACCCUAUUCCUACGGCGAUCACUUCUCCGAUGUCUGGCAAUAUGAUGUCCCCUACCAGCGCCGGCGGGUACGUGCGCCGGGCUGCCCCAGAGCCAAAUAAGAGAGCCCUUUAUGUCGGUGGUCUCGAUCCCCGGGUGACUGAAGAUAUUUUGAAGCAAAUCUUUGAAACUACUGGGCAUGUCAUCAGCGUGAAGAUCAUUCCCGAUAAAAACAAGUUUAACAGCAAAGGGUACAACUACGGCUUUGUUGAGUUUGACGACCCUGGCGCUGCCGAGCGGGCCAUGCAGACUCUCAACGGGCGCCGCAUCCACCAGUCGGAAAUCCGUGUCAACUGGGCUUAUCAGUCCAACACCCUGAGCAAGGAAGAUACCUCGAACCACUUCCACAUUUUCGUUGGAGAUUUGAGCAACGAAGUUAAUGACGAAAUUCUCACCCAGGCUUUCUCAGCCUUCGGCUCAGUUUCUGAGGCACGUGUCAUGUGGGAUAUGAAAACGGGUCGGUCCCGUGGCUACGGCUUUGUCGCCUUCCGCGACCGUGCGGAUGCAGACAAAGCGUUGAGCUCAAUGGAUGGCGAGUGGCUCGGAUCUCGUGCCAUUCGUUGCAACUGGGCGAAUCAGAAAGGACAGCCAUCUAUCUCUCAGCAACAGGCGAUGGCGGCGAUGGGAAUGACCCCGACAACGGCUUUCGGACAUCAUCACUUCCCUACUCAUGGCAUUCAGAGCUACGAUAUGGUUAUCCAGCAAACCCCACAGUGGCAGACCACGUGCUAUGUGGGUAACCUGACUCCUUACACCACGCAGAACGACCUUGUCCCCCUGUUCCAGAACUUCGGCUAUGUUCUAGAAACUCGUCUUCAAGCAGAUCGAGGAUUUGCAUUCAUUAAGAUGGAUACUCACGAAAAUGCUGCUAUGGCUAUCUGCCAGUUAAACGGGUACAAUGUUAACGGGCGUCCUCUGAAAUGCAGCUGGGGUAAGGAUCGCCCCCCUACUGGUCAAUUCGACAAUUUCUCCGGUCAACAGGGCACUUCGCCCUUUAACAACAGCCCGGCCCCGUAUUUCCCUCAGUACGGCGGACCCGGCGGACCUAUGACUCCUCAAGGUCCCAACUCAGCUGGAAGAGGCUGGGAUCAGUCCGGAAUGGCGGGUCAGAACUAUGGCCAGGUCCCAGGAAACGCAGGUUACGGCCGCGGACAGGCUACUCCUGCGUCUGGCUGGAACCAGGCCAACAACGCCAAUUUUGGGAAUGGCUUUGGAGGCUACCAAGCUAUGCAUCUUGCGCCAAUGGAAGAUGCAAGUGACAACGGCAGGGUGGCACUAUCGCUGGAUAACGAUGAUCAACUCUCCGGGCGAACGCGCUCCGGGAGCGCAAGCAGCGGGCACAAGCGCAGCUCAUCCGGCUCACUAUUGUCGAAACUUUCGUUCCUCCGCAUGAUCCAAGCGACUCAUAACACUCCAGAGCGAGCCCAUUCCGGCAUUGACGGAAACGAUGGCGACGGUUUCACCUCCAGUGCACGAGGCGGCAGGGCAAUGGCUAGUGCGCUACAACAACGACGGACACGAAGGAGAAGGGGUUCGCUACGGAAAACCGCCCUACUAGGCACGCGAUUUGAAUACCGUGAUAAGAAAACGACUCGAGCACCGAUUGACGUACCACGCGCAGACGCCCUUGGGCAACAGCAGCAAACAGAGCAGCAACAGCAACUCCCCCCAGGCUCACGGAUACAACAACCGUUCCCUGAUCCAAUACCUCCGGAGAAUAAUGUCGCACCUCAUAGAAGUACGGAACAAGGUAGUCGGGAGGAUGAUGCGGCAUGGGAAGGUUUCAUGAACGCGCCGUUGAAGUCGCUGGAUAAGUCUGCUCAGCACAACCGGCAGAAUCGCUCCAAAGGUAGCGUCCUUGGUGGAGAAGUGACUACCGAUGACGAGGAUAUCGUGUCCUUUUCUCGUCUGAAGAAUACAAAUGCCGCUGUUGCUGCCGCCGCCGGCUUACAUCUUCAAUCGGCUUCUUCGAGCUCUGACUCCUAUUUUGCGCUUUCGGCGGACUCAACGUACCGAGCUAUGCAUCGCACCAAGUCUCCGCUUGCCACCCAUGCGGUUGGUAUAGCCAGUAAUCAGGAUAUGAGCUGGGAUUAUUCGGAAACAGAGUGGUGGGGCUGGAUUAUCCUGAUAGUGACUUGGCUUGUUUUUGUCAUGGGGAUGGGCAGUUGCUUUGGUGUCUGGAAAUGGGCUUGGGAUGUUGGAGAGACUCCUUACGCACCUCCCGAACUGGAGGAUGAUAAUACCCUUCCAAUUGUUGGGUAUUAUCCUGCUCUGAUCAUCAUGACGGCCGUCAUGUCGUGGGUAUGGGUCGUGGUUGCAUGGGUAGGCAUGAAAUAUUUUAAGCAUGCCAAUAUUUCGGGUGACGAUACAUAA